AUGGCCUACUCCUCUCCGUCUCGCCACAGUCGGCUAAUUUGUGAACCGAGGCCAAUGACACCUGCUCAUUUGGCUGCCGAAUCCGGGAGCGAUGGAAUAACACCAGUCGCCGUUCGUGUCGACAGUGACCUGGUCCGAGUCCCGUCGAGCUCGAGACUGUGCUCGCGGCUGGGCGCGGCACACGAUCUGGCCGCAACGGUUGCGAGGAGACGGGAGGGGCUUGCCAGUCUGUCGGCAUCAGCACCGACCAACCGGACGCGGGUUGGGCCAUUCAUGGAGGCCGCAAUUCGCCGAGCGGGUAUGAACGUCUACUCCUUCCGAUCCCACCACUUCGGAGCCCUUCACCGCUUGGCCGCCACUUUGAGGCCAGUCCACUGUUCACCGACAGACUCGUGCAAGUCCUUUGUGCACCGUGCACAGUUCUCUUUCGCCGUCGCUGUCGCCCUCGUUUUCGUCGCUGCCUUCACUUUCGUUGUCGCUUCUGUCUUAUCAGUUGACUUUGCCCUCGCCUUUGCUUUAGCAAUCGCCGUCGCCCACGCCUUCUUCAUCACCUUUACCCCGGCAAGAGUGAUGGCCAGUCGACUUUCGCCCUCCCGUUGGCAUCAACGUCUACUGUCAAGCCUGACCCUGUCUGGCGGCCGGUUGAGGCUGGGCGUGCUUUGGGCAAGCGUAAAAUGGGAGACGAUUUGUCCCAUCUCGACUGAGGCUUUCGAGACCGGAACUGCGUCGGCACCGUUUGGGGCGGGCCGGUCGAGGCUGGGUGCAAAGCGGUGCAAAGCGGUGCAAAGCGGUGCAAGGCGGACUGACAAACGCGCAUCGCCAGAUGCCAUCGACUAUGUCAUGUACAAAUGCAGACAGACACAAUUGAAUGACGACGGCAAGCCACGUUUUCAACAUACCCGCACCCUCUGA